GACCCCGCGGGGUCCCGGGGUCGGGCCCGAGGGCUCCCCGAGCGGUCGGGGCUCAGCCCCCAGGGCCGGUGCUGGGGGGGCGAACCCCGGCUCGUUCGGCCGGGGACCCAACAGAGCGGCUCGGUGCCUCGGCCGGCGGGGAGCAGCCGGCUGAGGGAGCCGCGUCCCGCUCCGAGGGCUGGGCCGUAAACCGGCUGCGGGACCCACGCUCCCCACGGCGCCUUCUCUCCACGGCGUCCCUGACAGGCACCGGCCGCCGGCGGAGGCUGCGCCGCCGGGAUUGCGAGAAAUGGAAGGAGCCUCGUGACUUACACGAGGUCUGCCCAGCACAGACAGUGCGUGGCCCGGGGCGAGGGGUGGCACGAGGGCUCCCGGCCCCUCCGGGAGGGCACGGAGCGCUCCCGGCCCCGCUCGCCGGCGCCGCGGCUCUUGCCCGGCCGAGGUGCGGGCACAGGGGCGGUGUCGCCCGGCCUCGUCGCGGCGUUGUGGCGUCAUCGCGGCGCGCCGCGGCAGCGGGAGGGACGCGGCGGAGCGGCGGCCGUGGCGCGGCACCGGAGCCAUGCCGGGCCAGAAAUCCUUCCGCCGGCGCCGGGAGGACGAGGACGAGGAGGAGGAGGACGAGCAGCUCGCCGAGGAGGUCAGGUUAAAACUUGAGGAAGCCAAAGAAGUUCAGAGCCUCAGAAAGCGGCCCAAUGGGGUGAGUGCUGUUGCUCUGCUGGUGGGAGAGAAGCUGCAAGAGGAAGCCACACUUGUGGAUGACCCAUUUAAGAUAAAAUCUGGGGGAAUGGUAGAUAUGAAGAAGCUGAAAGAAAGAGGCAAAGACAGAAUCAAUGAAGAGGAAGAUCUGAACUUGGGAACUUCCUUCUCAGCAGAAACCAACAGGCGGGAUGAAGAUGCUGACAUGAUGAAGUACAUUGAGACUGAGCUGAAGAAGAGAAAGGGAAUCGUGGAGAACGAGGAGCAGAAGGUGAAGCUUAAGAAUGCUGAGGACUCCCUGUACGAGCUGCCGGAGAACAUCCGUGUCUCCUCUGCCAAGAAGACUGAGGAGAUGUUGUCCAACCAGAUGCUGAGUGGCAUUCCUGAAGUGGACCUGGGGAUCGAUGCAAAAAUAAAAAACAUCAUCUCAACUGAAGAGGCCAAGGCCAAGCUGCUGGCAGAACAGCAGAACAAAAAGAAAGACAGUGAAACUUCCUUUGUUCCCACCAACAUGGCUGUUAAUUAUGUCCAGCACAACAGAUUUUAUCACGAGGAGCUGAAUGCACCAGUGCGAAGGAACAAGGAGGAGCCAAAGCCCCGCCCGCUGAGAGUGGGGGACACGGAGAGGCCGGAGCCUGAGCGGUCUCCUCCAAAUCGCAAACGUCCUCUCAAUGAAAAAGCCACAGAUGAUUAUCACUAUGAGAAGUUCAAGAAGAUGAACAGGCGAUACUGAUGAAUGUGGACUGAAGCCUCUGGAGUUAUUCCUAUUUUCCACCAAUAAAGGAUUUUGUGUCAGAGACCUGCGAUGGAUGUUGGGAGGAGUCACUACCUUCAGAUGCUGAUGUUACCUAUGAAGCUCUUCCUUUGUGAUCUUGUAGUGAAUCAGUUUGCAGGUGAUUGUGAACUCUGGUUGGUGUAACUUUGUAUAUAAAUAUGUUCUUAUAAAUGAAGUUUUUUAAUGGAAAAUGAGUUUCAUGGUUGGCAAUUUUUAGUGAGAAAAUAAAGUGGCUUUUAUAGAUUUUUCUUUUCACCAUCUUAAUAGCAUAAAAAAGAGAUCCUUUAAAAGCAGCAAUGCUGUUUUGUUUGUAAAUGUAAAGCUCUUGGGAGCUUGUCUUCUUGUCCACAUGUCUUCCCCAGAAGUGCAGUGUGGGUACUUGUAGAGAAGAUUUGUAACUUGAAAAUAGUAAAGGUGUUUUUUAAGUUAUUGUA